AAUCAAUUAAAGCUUAAGUCUUUUUACAGUUUCGAUUGCUUAUUUGAUGCGUAACCAGAGACGUGUGUUGAAAAAAAAUCUAAAUUGAUUAUGUCAACGUUGCUAUUUUUAACUUUCUUUAAAAUAAUUAAGUCAGAAGCAAUUUAUUAUACUGAAGAUAAUUCCACCGCCAUUUUUGAUAUGUUCAAAGAGAAGUAUAAUAAAGUGUAUAGAAGUGCAACAGAUGAAACAAAUCAUAUGAAGAGUUUUGUUGAAAAUUUAAAUGCUGUAGAAAAGAAAAACGACGUUACCUUGGACCGUGAUACAUUUUUUAUAUUAAGUCAGUAUGCGGAUUUAAAUCCCGAAGAGAUUGAGGAGCGGUACGCUAUUGAUGUUAAACCAUUUCAUAAAGUGAGUAAUUCAAAAGACGCCGAGUUCUUAGGACGGCAACGUGAAAGAGAACUCAAUAUUUCUCAAAUGUACGAUUUAGAUAAUGCAGCUGAGUUGUAUAAUGACUAUAUGAAGAAGUAUGGCAAAAAAAAUCAUACCAAGAAAUUGGAGUACACAAAACACUUUUAUAGAUUUGUGAAAACUCUCGUGGAGAUAAACAAAAAUAACAUUCAUGGCGAUAAAAAUAUGACCCUCGAUAAAAAUGCUGACGUUAUAAAAGAGCCGGAUGAAUACUUUUAUUGAACGACAGUUUAGUAGAUUAUAAUAAUACCAUUAGAUAAGUCGAAAAAAAAUUAUUUCGCUGUAAAAUUUAUGAUAUCUCAUAUAAUGAAUAAUAUGUUACGAUAUUUCUUUUAUGAUAGAUUUAAUAAAAUGACUAACUAACAGUAAACAACUUAAUGAAGUUUACUUUGAAUACUGGUAAGAUCGAUAUGUAUGUUCAAUAAAUAGUUAGCCUUUAAUGUUGCAGUUUAUUAAGUUAGCUAUUUAAAUAUAUUUUACCUCAAAUGUAGAAGUUAUUACUUUAUUUUAUAAUUACAGUUAUCUAAGUUUUAACGAUCUGUGUUCGCUUUUUACCAUAGUUCUAGUCUAAAGAAAUGACGCAUAUUAAAAAAUAUAUACACAUAUUAUAUUCUUAUCAUGUAAAAUAUCCUGCAAAAUACCAUGAUGACAGAAAGUCACGUAUAUAAAUUUGUCAAAAAAAUACACCUAAUUC